GACCCCCCCCCCUCCCCCCACCCAGACGCAGCCGCAGCGGGAGUGGAGAAGUUUGAUCCCCGCCAUUCUGCACAUGGACGCAGGCGCUGUUUUUACAGGAGAAGACGACGCGUUAAGAGGGAAAAGUGUUCCCAAAAGGGAGGAGGGAAAGAGCAAGGCAGAAGAUGGAAACCAAUGGAAUCGGUAUGGAGGGUGACGCUGAUGUCCAGUUCCUCCUGCAAGGUGGAGACCUCCUCAAGGUUCGCUCCUCAUCCUGGAAGAAAAGCCGUUACUUUAAACUCCAAGAGGACUGCAAGACCAUGUGGCGGGAAUCUAAAAGAACCUUCAGGAAGCAUCGGACAUUCUCCCUGGACGACAUAGCGGUGGUGCGGCUGGGUCGUCAGACGGAGGGCCUAAAGAAGUACACAGACCAGCAGAUGGAGGACUGCUGCUUCGCUAUCGUUUUCAAGGACCAUCGCAAAAACCUGGACCUCAUCGCCAGCUCUCAGGACGAGGCCAAGCAGUGGGUCAGCAGCCUGCAGAAAAUGAUGGCCAGCAGAAACAACCUCAACCAGCAGCAGAAGGCGGAACACUGGAUCUUCAGCUGCAUGAGCAAAGCAGACAAGAAUAAAGACGACAAGCUGAGCAAGUCAGAGGUCAAUAGUUUCAUGCGUCUCAUCAACAUUGACGUGGAGGACAGCUACGCCGAUAUGCUCUUUGAGAAAUGUGACAAAUCCAAGUCCGGGUACCUGGCUGGAGAGGAGAUUAAAGAUUUCUAUGAGCUACUCACGUACCGGGAGGAAAUCGACGUCAUCUACCAGGCGUACGCCAAGUCGGCAGGCUUCAUGAGCGCUGAGGACCUCGUGGAGUUCCUGCUGAAGGAGCAGAGAGAGAAGGCCACGCUGGCUGAGGCGCGCCAGAUUAUCCACAAGUUUGAGCUGGAUGAAAAAGCCAAGGACAAGAAUGUGUUGACCAAAGACGGCUUCCUCGUUUACCUGCACCAUCCCGACGCCCUCAUCGCCAACCCAGACCACAAGGAGGUGUACCAGGACAUGAGCCAGCCUCUCAACCACUACUUCAUCUCCUCCUCACACAACACCUACCUCACGGAGGAUCAGCUCAAAGGGCCGAGCAGCACAGAGGCUUAUGUCAGGGCGCUGCUGAAGGGCUGCCGCUGCGUGGAGCUGGACUGCUGGGACGGUUCAGACGACGAGCCGGUCGUUUACCACGGCUACACGCUUACCUCCAAGAUCCUCUUCAAGGACGCCAUUAAAGCCAUCAAGGACUACGCCUUUAAGACAUCUGAAUAUCCGGUCAUCCUCUCCUUGGAGAACCACUGCAGUGUGGAGCAGCAGGAAGUCAUGGCACAUCACAUGGCUUCCAUCUUGGGCAGCGCGUUGGUCACGUCGCCACUCGGGGAAGGCAUGCCCACAAAUUUCCCUUCUCCUGAGGACCUGAAGGGGAAGUUCUUGAUCAAAGCCAAGCGGUUGAACAAACUAGAGGCCACUUUUGCUACCGAGGCGUUGGCUGCUGAUGACUCUGAAGUCACAGAAGAAGAAGAAUCAGACGACGAGGAGGAAUCGGAGGAAGAACAGCGUAAGCAGAAAAAGAAACUGAAGCUUGCGAAAGUGCUGUCCGACAUGGUGAUCUACUGCAAGAGCGUCCACUUUCACGGUUUUGAGGACGCUAGGAGAAACCUGAGCUUCUACGAGAUGUCGUCCUUUAAGGAGAAAAAGGCCAUUGAACUGGCAGAGGAGUCGGCAAAUGCUUACGUCAUUCAUAAUGUGGACAAGCUGAGUCGCAUCUAUCCAGCCGGCUCCAGGACAGACUCCUCCAACUACAACCCCGUGUCUCUCUGGAACGCCGGCUGCCAAAUCGUGGCUUUGAACUUUCAGACCAGUUGCUCAGACAUGGACUUAAACCAGGGCCGCUUCCUCGUCAACGGACAGAGCGGCUACAUCCUAAAACCGGCCUACAUGAGGAACAGAGUCACGGACUUCGACCCGAUCACCCUGACCCGAGGAGACUGGCUGAAGCACAAGACGCUUCACAUCAUGGUCAUAUCGGCUCAGCAGCUCCCAAAAGUAAACAAGAAGAAGUCGUCCAUCGUGGACCCGCUGGUGAAGGUGGAGGUGUACGGUGUGCCGGCCGACACGGCUGCCAAAGAAACCAGCACCGUGGAAAACAACGGUUUUAACCCAGAAUGGAAUGAAAAUUUCCAGUUUGACAUCUACGUUCCGGAGCUCGCCUUGGUGCGCUUCCUCGUGGAGGAUCACGACUCCACAUCUGAUAAUGAAUUUGUUGCGCAGUACACACUUCCACUCAACAGUUUAAAGAUGGGAUACAGACACAUGCCUCUGCUCAAUAAAAACGGUGAUGUCGUCCCCGCGGCGGCACUCUUUGUACACGUCAUGGUCAUCGAUGCUGAGUGAAAACCCCACCGGCCGGCCAGAUCAACAUUUGACAUUCUUUUUUUUUUCUAAUGCGUAUGACUUGAUAGAUCAACCACUAUGACUUCACCUGAGAAAUCCUUUCAAAAAUGCCACAUUCUAUGAUGAAACACAUUACAUUGUCAUUUAUAAUCACUUUAGUUGGAUUUUAGGUGCACUAUUUUGUAAUGAGUACCUUCAGUCACGUCUGAUUUUUUUUUGCAUUAUGACUAAAAGAACACCGACAAGAACACCGUUUACGUCUUUUUGUUUGCUUCGCUCUGCCACCUCGCGGCUUCAUGUACAACAUUUUAUGACGUCGGGAAGUGGCCAGCCAAUCACAGGGCAGAUUUAGACCAACAACCAUUCACCGCCACCUAACCUAGCAUAAAUAUAUUUGGAAUGUGGGGAGAAGUCAUGCAGGGAGAAUAUUGGAAUUAUUAGAAUUAUUGGAGGAAAACGCUAGGCAUUAACCCUUUAAAGCAUGAACAGCCAUUUGGUUGCAGAGACAGAGGCGAGAGAAGUUGACAAAACAGUGCCAUCAGGUGGUCAAAUGACGCAAGGACGUUCAAGCCAAUUUUCCACCUCAAAGAACCCCCAUGCCCGGGGGGUCAUUUUGAUGCUUUUAUGAAGACAUUAUGCGGAUGAAUUCAACAGUUUUUCUUAUGCAAAGCAGUUUUUAGUAUCUAUAUUUAGGCCCAGCUCGAAAUAAAACCCAAGCUUUUUCCACUCUAU